AUGGGCAAGAGCGGCUCUGGCAAAUCCAGCAUGCGAAGCAUCAUUUUCAGCAACUACAUUGCAAGGGACACGCGCCGACUUGGUGCAACUAUCGAUAUCGACCUGUCCCAUGUCAAGUUUCUCGGCAACUUGACCCUCAAUCUGUGGGAUUGUGGGGGUCAGGAGGCAUUCAUGGAGAACUACCUCUCCCAGCAACGCGUACACGUCUUCUCCAAUGUGGGCGUUCUCAUCUAUGUCUUCGAUAUAGAGUCUCGGGAUGUGGACAGGGACAUGGCCACCUACGUCUCGAUAAUAUCAGCGCUCUGCCAGUUCUCGCCCACUGCGAAGAUCUACGUACUCAUUCACAAGAUGGACCUGAGCCCACCACAAGCGCGCGAGCAGGUGUUUAUGGAACGCGUCAGGUUGGUACGACAGAAGACAACCGAGUUUGUGCAAUCCACGGGAUUCACGGGCGAGGUCGACCUCACGCCGUUCGCGACGUCGAUAUGGGAUCAGUCGCUCUACAAGGCCUGGGCAAGCAUUAUUCAUGACCUGGUGCCGAACCUGUCAGUUAUUGAGUCACAACUCGAGUCUUUGGGCAUCUUGAUCGAGGCAGAGGAGUUGCUACUCUUUGAGCGAACCAGCUUCCUAGUUGUAUCCAAUUGGACGUCUGACGAGGGCCAGAACAACCCGACCUUAGACCGCCAAGAACGCAUCUCCAACAUCCUAAAGCAUUUCAAGCAGAGCAUAAGCCGCUUCACCGGGACACCCCGUAAUGCCGAGCAGUUUUUACUAAUGGAGCACAAAUGCGGUGGUCGUUUCUCCAUAUUCUGCCUCAAGUUCACCACGAAUACCUACUUGAUGGUCAUUCUCCCACCUGGCGAGGCACGCUUUAACUCAGCGAAGCUCAACUGCCAGAUCGCCAGGGAGAGCUUCAAGUUCUUGGACGGUCCUGUCGCAGCCAAUGCGCAGGGCCGGGAUUGA